UAAAACAAAGUGAUAGUGAGUUGUGUAUUGCUGGAGGGGCAAGCGUCUGAGCAACUGGAAGAGGACUACAUCGUCUCAAACGUUUUCGGCAGUUCAGGAUGACUUUAAACGGGUGUUCGAGGCUAAUACGAAUACUUCCUCGUAUUUUGUCCAGCAGGAAUCUGUUGACACUCGCGUACGCUAGUAGAGGAUCACUAUCGCCCUCUCCGUGCAACUCUCACUCCGUAGUGUUAUAUUCACGGGUCACCUUUACAAAUAACUUGUUGCGUGGUUACUGCUCGGGGUCGGACACAGACAUAAACGUCUCCCAUGAACAGUUGAAGAAAGUACUUGCUACUAAGUCGGGUGUGGUCAUCGAUGUCCGUGAGCCGUGGGAACUCAGAGAGUACGGGAACAUUCCUGGAUCAAUAAACGUACCUCUUGGGCAAGUGAACCAGGCACUGCAGCUGGAUCCACAGGAGUUCCGGGAGAGGUACGGAGGGGACAUGCCCUCAACCACUAACAACAUUGUCUUCUCCUGCCUGGCUGGCGUUCGGAGUAAAAAAGCCCUGGACACAGCCGUCUCUUUAGGAUACUCAAAUGUACAACACUACCCUGGUGGAUGGGAAGAGUGGGCAAAGAAUGAAAUAUUACAGACCAAACGCUGAAGUGUAUUUAUUUCGCUGAGUGUCAGAGCUUGUCAGCAUUGGCAUUGGAUACAGGAAACUUUUCAAGCUGGUGAAGGACAGCAUACAAAGAAUCGUUUAUUUUUCUAACGGUGUCAGACUUUUGAAGCUAAUUUCAUUUAAUGAAGGUGAACUGUCACAGUUUGACAGUUCAUGUGGAAAUACAUUUUAAGAUUCAAAGAGACAUUGAUGGCAUUGAUCUGAGUGUCAUUUUUUAAAAAUAAAACUGAAGUCUCAGUUUGAAGUGUUAAGCACAUAUAAAUUAAUCUUAAUUUCAAUAUUGUCAAUUAUGCUUGUUUAAUUCCAUUUCAGCUGCACACAAGAAUUAAAGAGUAUACUGGAAGGAUGAA